AUGGCAAGUCUGGCGGCGGCGGAGCCCAGGCCGUCUUGUAGACUGGAGCUGAUGACGGCCUACGGGCCCGUCUACCGGGAGGUGCUGGGGACGGCGCCACGGGACUGUGAGCCGACCGAGGUGCCCGUCAUCGACCUGGCUGGAAUCUACGGGGACCUCGAGUCCCGCAAGGCGCUGGCGGCGGUCGUGGGCGAGGCAGCAGAGAAGACGGGCUUCUUCUACAUCAAGAACGCGGGGAUCCCAGAGGGGGUGAUCAAUGCGGCGUACGGGCAGGCGCAGAAGCUCUUUGCGGAGCCCGAGGAGGUGAAGCGGGCGGUGUCGACGGCGCACUCGAGGUGGUUCAACGGGUGGACCGAGAAGCACGGGAGCCACCUGUCGCCGUCGGAGACGCGUGACUUCCGGGAGGGGUUCGGGUGGCGGUACGAUCCCAAGUACGACCCCGACCCCAAGGACCCGGAUGCGGUGCCCGAGGACAUCAAGGCGUGGAUCAGGGGCGAGGACUUUGUGUGGGAGGGGACCAGCCACCUCCCGGGCUUCAAGAGGGACAUGCUGGCGUACUGGCAGGAGUGCCUGAAGCUGGCGCGCAGGAUGAUCAGGAUCUUUGCCCUCGCGCUGGACCUGCCCGAGGGGUACUUUGACGGCAUUAACGAGGGCGCGGCCGAUGCCCCCGUCGACGUCGGCCUGGGCGCGCACACGGACCUCCAGUCCUUCACCUUCCUCUGGCAGGACUCUGUGGAGGGUCUGCAGGUGCUGACCAAGGAGGGCCAGUGGAUCAAGGUGCCGCCCAUCCCCAACACCUUCGUCGUCAACAUUGGCGACUUCCUGGCCCGGCUGUCCAACGACCGCUUCACGUCGACCGUGCACCGUGUCUACAACCGGGCCCCCGUCGACAGAUACUCGAUGCCUUUCUUCUUCGGUGAGCACCACUCCUCCAAAUGCGGCGUGCUCCCGACGUGCACGAGCGAGAGCAACCCCCCGAGAUAUGAGCCCAUCACCUGCGGAGAGGUAAUGGUGUCAGUUGAGGUUCGAGAAGGGGAGUAG